GGAUGACGUAGAUAUUCAAUGGAAAUUCUCCAGAACCCCGGAUGUGGAUGCUAUAUUUAGAUCAUGGCAAUGUAAUGCCGCCUCCAUUCAACAUCAUUCCUCCCCCACACUGGGUGUUUAAACUCUGCCGCAGACUGUGCUCGCGUCAUAGGUCUUCUGUGGUACGUACGUACAAAAGAAGCUAGUUUAACACCUUCUUUCAUUCGUUUGAUCUAUUGCCUAAAAUCUACACUGAUACCUAAAAAUCUAGAAUCGGAAAUUGAGGUAUCUCACCUUACCGAACCCUGCAAUUAAUUCAUGUCUUUACUUGCCAAAUAUAUCUUUACAUUUAUCUCAUUAAGCUCAGACAAUGACAUUUUCACUCUUUUCAUUACAGAAUUUCUUAGAUCUACGAGAUGAGAUCAGAAGGGAAACAAGCUCUGUAAAUACUUUCUCUCUUCCCAGUGGGCCUCAUUUUGAUGUAACAUUACAUCACCAGGGCCCCACACCUAGAUCCCCACCGCACUCUGACGUUUUUUCUUUAUAAUUAUUCGUACGAUUUACUUUUAAAAUUUUAGCGAGAAAGCCGUGAAGGAAGCUUUCCAUCUGCGUCUAAAUCCAGAAGGAAAAAGGCGGACAUGCAGAGGGUAAGUAUAUAACUGGAACGUCGGCCUCUUAUGAGGCAUCUUUCUUUAGGCAGCGAAAUGGCGCCUUCAAUAACGAUAGCUUAAGUUAGAAUACAUGUCGGUGUGCUCUUUAUUUGUUUUCGCAAACUCGUGCGACCAUAAUGAUAAAGACUGGGCGUAUGAAAUUUGUAUGAAAAACAGGUAAAAAUUUUCUGUCAGGUGGAACAUUUUCGCAAGGCCACUUACAAUUAACAAUUAUUCUUUGAAAUCGAGGUGAAUAGUGGCUACAUUUUUAAUGAGUCGCGAAGCGGCGAGGAAAAUAUUCCUAAAGCCACUAUUCACCGAAAUUGAAAAGAAUAAUUGUUUUAGUAUAUACACACGAAGUGAUCUCAACAAAAUCAGAGAGGAAACCGUUAAAACGUACGAUCUGAUUGACGGAUCAAAUCACGCAAACGUUUCAAAACAGAUCUUUGCAGAAUUUUCAAACAUAGCAAUUCAUAAGUUUAUCACUUCGCAAACAACAGCGUAAUGGCUUAAAUGGAACCGUUCAAAAUUUGAAUUGUUUCCUUACCUGAGAGGAAAAUUAGAGCUUUGUUGUUUUCUGCUGACUCGCCAAGUUUAUAGUAAAAAAGGUUUGUUGUGUCGUUCUUCGCAUGAGGUGCUGAAAAAAUCAAAAAAUGGCGCUCGGUUGCUUGAGGUAAGACGUUGUCUUCCGGUAGCAUUCUUUUUUCUAUUUACUUGAAACGUAGAAUUUCUGCAAACAUUUGCUUCUAUCUCUUCUACGCGAAUAAACGGGAGUUGUAAACAAUCUAUCGAGUACAAAACUCAGCUACAGUAAAUAGAAAAACGCCGUUUUGAAUCCUUUGAAGUCUUUUCUUACCUUAAAAAAGUCACCACUAGGAUUCUGUCGGCUUUUAAAAGUUCAAAAGUAAAUGGGAAAAACACCGAGCUUAGACAUUAUUCCACUCUCUAGGAGGUGAAUAUUUAACAAUUAUUCCACGAGGGCGCGUUGGAUAUGAGAUGAUAGAUAGCCAACGAGGCGCAUAGCGCCGAGUUGGCUAUAAUCAUUUCAUAUCCAACAAGCCCGAGUGGAAUAAUUGUUUUAUUAAAAACGCCCACAAAAUCUCGUUGAAUCGCCCCGACUAGAACAAACCGGAAAAGACAAGGGACUUCCGCUAUUGACAUGUCACACGUCUAUCAAAACUGUCAACGCGCCAACGGGCUCGCCUAGACUGCAUGAAUGAAAAAUCAAAACAUUGUGCGAUGAACAUUAGUUUUUUAAAAACUCAUCGUGAUUCUAGGAUUUUACACAGCAGAACAGCUUAAAAAACCUGGCAGAUAAUGUGAAGGAAAGGAAUUUUUAAGUGACAGCCGUCGAAAUUACUAUGAAUUUGGAUUUUCGGUGCAGUUAUAAAAGUAAGAACAACGGAGAAAAACUACCGGUGUUAACUCGUCGCUUGUUAUGAAGUUGUUUGAAGCCACAAGCUGGUUUUGCUGAACGAGGAAAGAAGCUAUACUGCCGCCUCGAUUGCUCUAGUGAAUGGCUGCAUAGCCUGUAUUUGUAGCUGGUUACUUGUGAUUAAUAUUCUUGAUGUUGGAUAAACAAGCUGCAGUUAUCUAUCGGCGAGUGACUCGAUCGGCGAAUGGCUUCGCGAUCAUGAAGAAACAACACUUGUCUUCUUUCGUAGCUGGUCAAGGUACUUUAGUUCCAUCUGUUUUUCGACAAACUUUCAAACAAGCUCUUGUGGCUUUUUUGUUUGUUUUUGUCUUUUUUCUUUCGUUGAAAUUGCAUUUCUAGUAUUCUAAGAAAUGAAUUAAAACGAUUUGCUUCGGCGCCGUUCUAUCCUUCGCGAAAAAAAUCUCAUUUUGACUCCACUACACAACAUCAAUAGACAAAACGUAAUGGCAAAUAACUUUAUUUUGGGACGGCUAGGCGAGAACCAACCCUACAAAGUACUUAUGUAAAUACAAUAAUAGGUGAUUACUGGUGAAUACCUAAUGUACAACACUCGUAAACUAGCUUUCACAAAAAGAAAAAACUCGUGCUACAAAUGGUCGCUCUUGACCUGAAUCACCCAGUUAAGCACGCAGGCUUAGUGCCAGUUAGGCUGCCAGUUAUUCUGGGGAAACUAAUUAAUAAAACUCUGACAACAUAUAGCUGGCACAGGGAACACGGUAGGAGCACAGAGGCUAAGCAAAAAGAAAAACUGCUAUAACUGGUCGAUCUCGACCUAAAUCCCCCAAAUAAGCACGCAGGCUUAGUGCCAGUUAGGCUGGGGAAACUAAUUAAUGAAACUGACAACGCAUAACUGGCACAGGGAACACGGCAGGAGCACAGAGGCUAAGCAAAAGAGAGAUUUGCUACAACUGGUCGAUCUCGACCUGAGUCCCCCAAAGAAGCACGCAGGCUUAGUGCCAGUUAGGCUGCCAGUUAGGCUGGGGAAAUUUAAUAAAACUCUGAUCAACGGAUAACUGGGACCAGGAACACUUCAGGAGCACAGAGGCUGAGUGCCAGGAAAACUGGGAAUUAUCUCCACUAAUGUACCCAACAAGGCACGUAGCCCAAUAACCAGUAAGGCUGCCAUAAAGGCUAGGGCAGGACAUUGAAAGUAAACAAAUGGAUAACGACCCUGGCUAAAAGUCUGUAACAUUGCCUGCAACCCAACUGCAUCAAACGAGACUUAUGUCGCCUCCUAAAGAGCGGUUCCGGGACAGCUGACCUAGACAUACAUAGAAACUAAAUAUAUCAAGUAAAGGAGCAGGUGCAAAACUGAGAUAACUGUACAAGUACAGAAAAUAAGAAACGGGAAAAAACUGAAAACUAGCAGAGCUGAGCUACCGCUUACAAACUGAAGUAAAUGCGGUCAGACGGAGGCCAGAAAAAAAAAAAAAAAAAAAAAACCUUGAAGGGAAAAAAAAUGCGGGCAGGAAAUCUGGGUAGGAACCAAGACUCAAGCGCAAAGCCCUUCCUACGGGACUUUACAAUGUCAUCGAGAAUAUGUUGCUCCUAAAAAUAAAUAAAACAAAAAUAAAGAAAAACCAAAGAGAGGGUGGUUCGAAAGCCUAGAUGACGUACAUGUGAUAUACGCAGCCUUAUAUACCCCCGAUAUGGCUACCCAUGGUGCACCCGGCCUAGUACCCAGGCCCUGUUGUAUCUCGUGCCGUCAAAAUACUUAUUUCGGUCUUCUUCGCGGGCUCAUUCGUGAGAAAUAACAUCUCAGGUCCUUGCGAAAAGCCUCUCUAAUUGUGGUAUAGCUGAUAGGCUCGUCCUGGGAAACUAACUUAAAGGAGCUGUUUCCGCGAGACAUGGGCCUAAAAAAAAUCACUUCGAUUCAUCGCCCUUACAAAGUUGGUCGUUCUUGCUUUUGAGAACCUUAAUGAUCAUGAAACCCUCAUGAAAAUAUAACUCCCCCUAAUUAUGGAGACCUCAUCAAACCAAAAAUCCUUUUGGAAGCACACCUAACCUCUUCAAUAAUCGGUUUAUCCGUGGGAGAGGGGAUACCCGCUAUGGUAUGAGCCCAUUUACUACCAUAAACAGCCGAGUCUAAGACGAACGGGGAGUGCGACUCUUCAAUGAGGUGUUGCAAAUACAAGGCAACAUGGCAGGGGCUGGCAGGACAGGCCCGGGAAUGAAGCUUACUGGCAGCAAAACAUUUUUACAUGCGAGAAGCACGAAGGUACACCACUGUCAUACUAACGGCCUUUGAGGAGAGAACCGUUGAUUGCAUUGUAGACUGUCUGUCAGCCUCAGUAUUCAACCCUCUGGUGGGAAAUUCUGAGGCCCGCGCUAGAAACCAUAGCGGAACAUAUCUGAAAAGUAAUCGAAAAUACAAGAAGAAAAUGUGAGGAGCACGAAAUAAAAAAGAAAACCUAAUGGGUCCAAACCUUAAGGUACGCAUAACACGCGUGUAGAGGCACAGGUAACACUUUCCGUCAGGCGGCGUAGAGCAGAAGCCCGCCAGGGACGAGAGAGGUCUGGGGCGCCGAAAAUAAACUCGAAGCGCUAUGACACCAAAAAAUAAAGGCCUGGAUCUGAAAAGGGAAUUAUUGGCCUUCCCUGAACAAAUAACCCCUGGAACUUAGGCAAUAAAACCCAGUCGACAACAAAACUAUUCCAAUGCACUCCAUCUCUAGUAGAAACAUUCCAGAAAAUAGCUGACUUCCAUAGGGAAGGAACAAGGGUUCCCGUGAGCGCGGCAGAGCCCAAUGUGUCUGGUGACUCUGACAAUGAGACAAACCUGUGGGCCAAGCCAGUUGUCGUCCUAACUCCAAUUUAGAGCGAAGGCAUAAACAGCCUAACAACCUGGCUAAAAAAAUCGAGAGUUAAGCCUAGGCAACUCGCCGUUGUAGCUACAGGCGAACCUGUCAAUAGUAUAAGGACCUAAGAGGUGAUUUAGCCCUUGAAAAACGGAAUCGUUGAGGCCGUAACCAUCGACGUCAACCAGUUUGCAGAUACAGUCCGCACUGGCGUUCAGCUCCCUAGGGAUCCACUUGACCUCGAACGAAAUACAAUGAUGGGAGCAAAUUUGAAAAACAACUAGGGCUAAAUCCCGGAGAUCGCGUUUCCUGCUGCCGUCGCGAAGAAUGGAUUAGACGUCAUGGUUGUCAGAAUACGAAAAAAACCUUGGACUGAUUAUGUAAAGGGCUCCCGAAGGCUAGUAAGGCAAGACAAACCGCUUUGAGUUCUCUCCAAGUCGAUCUACGAACACUUUCCGACCAAUUCUGAUGAAAAAUCAGCUCAGGUUCAGACUCCUCUUAAGCGCUGCAGGCUGAAUAGGAAGCAUCGGAGAAGCCGGAGCUUACUCUCACUGGAAGCGAACUGAAACCCCUCAAUAAAUUUUGCCGUUGAGAGGCUAACAUUGUUCGACCAAAAUUCAAUUUCAUACAAAGAAUCAACGGACAGGAAAACCUAGCUAUCCCAGGAAACAGCUGAGUAAACAACUGAGAAAAGAAAUUGGACUAUGAUACACGCGACGGAUCCCACGCAACUCGAGAGGGAAAUACUUUGGCCAGCUACACACGGGACCCGUAGAACAUGGACUGUGGUGGAAGACUAAUAUGAAGACAAAGCCACCAGGUCGUGACACAAUUUAGCAAUGCGUUCAUCCGUGGCUCUAAUACUUCCAUCGAGAGUGUUAUGAACACGAAGCCACGAGAAAAUUUGAACGGGCUCCCACAGGGACCUUUCCUCAUUAGGAAUUCGAACAAAGCGAGACUAAGGCAAAUCGGCAUGAACAGCCCGCAAACUGUAAAUUUUGGCCUGAACGCGAUAGGCUCCUCCUCCUAUAGCUAGACCAUAGUCAAGAAAAAUGGCAAUAGGGAUACCUUGGCUUCUUCUUGAUUUCUGAAGCGGUUCGAGGGAGGCUGACAAGAACCCAAUAGGAAGCGCGUAAAGUAGAAAAUACCUAAAAAUCCAGGUGCCGAGAUCCGAGGUGAACGCAAGGAAAUACCGGUGAUCAGGGAAAAUUACGAUAACCGCACUAGAUAUAAAAUAUAAAUAAAUAAAACCCGUCUCAAAAAUUUAAGUGGCCAUGGACAAGUCUUCGCUCUUGAAUUUCUGUUGUAGAAAAAGGCGCAAACGUGCCUAAAAUCCAGGAUUAACCUUUGUUAGCCGGAGCGGCGGGUCAAACGGAAAGCGGGUAAAUGAUAUUGGAAUGCAAAAAAUUUCUGAAAAGAGGUUGAGACUGGGAAGCUCAUUAACAGCUACAGACAAAAAGAACUGUAAACACGUGCGGAGGCAUUGUAGGAUUAGAAAAAAAACAUAAAAAGCUGGAAGAAGGGAAUUUUGUAACUUAGACUAAUAACAUUCAAAAUGAACAGAGAAACUAGCAAAGUAUGCCAGAAAUAGAUCACUAUGAAAAAUAUUCCCCAAACUGAAGGUAGAAUAGAAAUAUCAACGGUACACUCAGAGCUCUAAACCGCGCCUAAAACUAGCGGGGUGAACGUCAGAAGAACUGGUAUAACAUCGAGACAAUCCUGAUCCAUAUUACGCCUUGCCGCUUAAAAAAUUCAGUACUAAAUUAGAAUAGACUGCACCUGAUUGUUGUCCUUCAUCUAGCCAUUUAGGAGUUUGGCAUGUUUGGCUUGUCCAUCGUCGGGUAACAGGAACGCUUUCCACAGGCAAAACAGGUCCCGAAACUGGGUCGACGAGAAGGCGAAAAACAGGAACGUUUGACAUAAGAGGCUGGGGUUGCAUCUGUGAACUUGAGGUGGACGCCGGCGUUCCCACUGGCGAGGAUCUGUUGUUGAGAGUUGAAAGAGUGGUCUUCUUCUUCUUACCAGCCUAGUACGCUACAUGGCCGCAAAAUUCUGUACUGUGGAUCCUUUGAAACUGGUCUUCAUUGGCCUUCUUCUUGAACUUACGUGGUUCGUUAUACUUUAGUUUCUUAAUUUCUUUCAUCUGCUGCUCGGCCAAAUAUUCGUUAGCGCGCUUGAUUUGACCAACAGUUUCUGUUAACAAAUCUUUAAACGAGUCCAUUAACUGUUUGUUAUUCUCCUAAAUGAGAUCGGACACUUCGUCUUUGCUGACGGAAAUAACGCAAGAAAGAGCCGAUAAAAACGUUAAGAAAAACCAAAGAGAGGGUGGUUCGUAAGCCUAGAUGACGUACACGUGAUAUCCGCAGCCUUAUAUACCCCCGAUAUGGCUACCCAUGGUGCACCCGGCCUAGUACCCAGGCCCUGUUGUAUCUCGUGCCGUCAAAAUAUUUAUUUCUGUCUUCUUCGCGGGCUCAUUCGUCAGAAAUAACAUUUUCAUUAAUCAAACUUUAACAAUAUUAUAUGCCACAGAAAAUCUCAAGUUUGUUGUUGUUGUUGUUGUUGUUUUCCAAGUGACCUUUUCCUUAGCUUUGUUAUGUAGUUGCUAUGGUUCCCUACGUAAUGGUGCAAAUUAAUGGUACAAGCCAGAUGUUUCCGCUAUUUUAUUGAUAGCAAGAAAAAAUGUUAGUAAAUCAAAGCGUAUUCCUUUUUUUAGCAGAAUAUUCCCGCUGAAAUGAGCGGUCUGAUUGGCAUUAACACCAAAAUAACCGAAAUAACCAGAAUAACCAGUUUUUCGGAAGCAGCGUGGCCUUGCAGUCAGAAGACUGUCAGGUCGUCCCGGGUUCGAGGUCCCGCCCUAAGAACUAAAGGGGUUUGUUACUCAGUAUCCCAAAACUUAAAUUCUUGACUCACGCUUGUAAAUUUGUCCUUUAUCAGUUUGGAUUCCGCGCGUUGUUCUAUAUGUUGCUUGUGAAUUCCUUCAUUCAUAUAUUUGCUCAGGCGCACUUAAGCUUUUUGCCAUAAAUGCUACCGAAGAUAAUAAAGAUAAUUUAUGCAUUUAUUUAUUUACUUAUUUAUUUAUUUUUUCGUGUUUCUUUAAUUUGUACAUGUCGUUGCCUUUAAGGAUGAAGUAUUUUUUUACGAAAUAUUAAAACCGACUCGACCCUCGUUACUGAAAGCAAUUGCCAAAUAAACCGUCGUCAUUAAUGCCAAAUGCAUGCUUAUACUCUUUUUCAUUUUCAGCGUCAUGAAGUGAUUACUCGCUUGAUCCAGCGGUAUCUUACCACUAUUAACAAGUCAAAGCCCCAGCCCUACGCUCCUCCAGGGUUCGAAGCGGAGAGUCCAGGCAACAACAGACAAUUAAGGGAGCUGAUAUCUCAACUGCAAGAUGUUUUGAAAAGAAAUAAAGACCACAAAGAUUCUCCUGAUUUUAUUCCAACACAGCCAAAGGUACUGAAAAAUAAGACUUUAUAGAAUGAUGUUAAAAAUGUUAGUAUUUUCUGCCACACAUCAUUUCAUUGACUUAUGUACAUCUAAAGUAAGGUACUAUCGUGAGGGGGGGUUGGUCUCAGGCUGUUAACAUCUACCCGCAAAACAGCCAAACAUUUCUUACCCUGCGAGUAGUGGUUUCUCCAGGCCGGACGCUAAUCCACGAAGGGAAAGAAACCACUGCGAGGAACCGUCUGCUUCUUUGAUCGAGCCAUCGUUUAGCGCCAUGGACAAAAAAAUUAACUUUAAACAUGUAUAACCUGUUUAAAAACAAGUUUAGGCACUCGCGCAUUUGCUUACCCUUACAACUGCUACCUCAACGCGAGCCUGAUGUGAACUUGCGCUCUUUUAAUUCACUAAUUAUUAGGAUUAUUCAUUAUUAUAUACAUACUGAGAUAUACUCACUGAAAAGCUGUGACGUAAAUUUCAUAUGCAAAUGAGUUCUAGCCAAUCAGAGGAGCGAACGAUGCUUUUCACACGAUAUUUUUUCAUGUGUGAGAAAAAUGAUAAGUCUAAUCAAAAGCCACAGAGGUGUGCGAGUUUCGUGCCAAAAUUCUCGCCGUUUUUAGGCGCUUUCAGGUUCAGAAGAAGAGACCCGAUAAAGUAGAGUUUUUCUUGUAGAAAAGUGAGAAAAAUCGCGGAAAUUGGAUUGGAAUAGUCUUGUAUAUUUCACUAUCGAUGAAGAAAAUUGAAGAGAGACGGUAAGACAACUUGACGGCGAAAGGGGAAAAAACAGAACGAGACGUAAGCUUGUACUUGAACUUUUUAUCGGAGCUAAGCUUGUUAAGCCAUAUUCUUCUGGUUAUAUUCAAACCAGUCAUUUUACUCAAAAUCGUUCAUUUUUAUUUGUACAUUCAGAAAAAAGUUAAUAUUACUUGUGAUUCCUGGAUUUUUUCCUAUCCUUAUCCUCACUACAAUUUUUAACAAGAAUUUUUUAAUACUAAUAUAAGCUUAAGUUACUUCGUUUUCUUUGUCGUUUCACGGUAUGUAAAGGCAUAUUUUGACAAUUUAGGAUUCUGGAGAGAUUUGAAAUAAAAGGCUGGCUGUAUAUAAUAAACACAAUACCACGUGAAGUGCUUUGUUGACGUAUCAGACAUCUCACUCGUUCGCUGCGCUCACUCGUUCGAUUUCUGAUACAAAUACAACUCGUGCGUAAAUACCGUACGCCCGCUCUUUCCAUGAAGUAUCCUCUAUUUCCUACCUACUUACUUUGUCAAAUAUAGGCGAACCUAACUGCAGUUGAAAUCCAACUUCCGGAGCGAACAGAAAAGAAAUUUCGUUGUUGCUUGUUUACGUUAGCCAUAAACCGCGAAAUUAGGCAUUUUCACGUCGUAGUCGUGCAAAAACGGCAAAGAAAUCAAGCACAGAAAAGCGUGAUGCACGUGCAAAGUUGUUAUUUUGCCUAUCACUUAAACCUAUUGUUUUGUUGACGUUAUCGACGCGGUCUUGUCUUUGGAUAUGUAAGUCCCAAAUUUUUCCUGCGAAAUGAAAGGAAGUGACGCCAUUUGACGUUUUGACGUAGGCAUCACGUGGACGCGCAUCCUUGAUGGAAAAGCGAAGGGUUGCUCGCAGUGUUUUCUUUCCCUUAGCACCGUAGCGUCCGACCGCGAGAAACCACUGCUCGCAGGGUAAAAAUUUCUUCGUUAGGUGUAGAAAAUGGAAAUUUUUCAUCGCCUUUGUCGCAAAAAAAGUUAUUCUUAUAAAAUUUUCUUGCCGAAAUUUGUAAUGCGGAGAGAGUGAUAAUAACGCAAGUCUUCACGUGUCUUGUCUGAUAGCCUGUUCCAGGCUACGAGAUAGUCGGGCCCGCUGAAGUGAGAAAGCGUGGACACGAAAAUAAAACGGAAGGAAACUGGGGAGAGAAGGGGCGGUGGAGCCUGCAAUCAUUUCUUGAAAUGACCUCUUCCGAUAUACCAGCUCCUAACUCUCUUUCCCUUCCUUUUUAUUUUUUCCCACCCCGCCAACUUUUCGCGUGUCUUUUACUUUUUCGCGUCUUCCCUACUAUCUGAGAGCCUGGAACAGGCUACUUGUCUGAUGGUUAAUCAGGUGGGCCCCAUUUCAGCCAUUUUUAAUUCUCCAUCCCGGAGGAUGCCUUAAGGUGGUCCGUUCCUAUUUAUAUGCGUGUUGGUUAUGUUUUUGAUUCGCGUUCCAGAAUGAAAGGUUCAACCGAUUUCUACGAUUUUUUGCAUCCUUAAUAAAUAAUGAUGGAACUUUAAGUAAAUUAGUAGCCAGAAAAAAUCAAGAUUUUUCGCGACGGACUUCCAAAUAGCCUAGCCUCUUGAAAGAACUUAGCUGUCCUGGGUACGAACGAUACAAAACACAUCACUCAUUUUUCGACCAAUACGAGAUGACAGUUGGUCCACGUGACUUGUAACCAGAAGACGAGAUGAAAAAAUAUUCUUUAACACACAAUGGAAACUAUCAGAAUGUUUCUUCAUCUGUUUGCCUUUCAAGCUCGAUUCAAGGUUUUUAACGCGAACAUAGGUGAAUUUUGUUCUGUUACUUUUGUUUGUUUGUUUGUUUUUUUUUAUAGUGGCUUAAAUUAAAUGGAUAUAUUUCGAAUUCAGGCAUAUGCGAUUAAGUGCGUUAAUUGAGCAAAUUUUUGGUGUACGCGGCGUACAAGUAAUGUUCCUUCGACUUUCGACUUUCGUUUAGUUAUUAACAAAUUAAGUUUUAUGAAUUGUAGUGUGGAUCUUUCAACUUUGAGUCACAUAAAAACCGCAUGCAGCGUUCAAGUUAAAUAAUUAUUGCUCGAGGCUUUCCCGGUAGCACUGCACUUUAUUUUUUUUGUUAAGUAACUCCGGAUUUAGAAAGCUAAAAAGGAAGCUUAUAUCCUUCCGAUUGACUUCAUUAGAGAGCUUAAAGCAAAGUCAAACAAAUUCAAGCAAGUUUUGAACGAGCAAAACAUUACACUGCACAUGCCAGGGGCGGAUCUAGGGGGAGGGUGCACGGGGUGCGCACCCCCCCCCCCCUCCCCCCCGAGAUGACCUGCGGUUUUCUAAUACAACUGGUACUCUGCAAAAAAAGAAACUAUGUGGUUUAUUGGUGUUGAAGUAGAGCAAGAGACGAGAGCACCCCCUCCUAAAAAAAAUCCUGGAUCCGCCCCUGCAUGCACGAUGCACGCUUUUCUGUCGGAUUUUUGUUUUCGUCGCUUCAUGACUAAAAAUCUUCUUAUACUUUAUUAGUACAAAUGAAAUUAUCCGAUUAUUGCCAAUAAAUCUAAAUCCUGCAGCUGAAGAAACUAACACUUGGGUCAACUAACAACUAAUUUCAUUUUGUUAUUAACUGAUGCGCAAUAUAAUUAGGCAACACAUAUUAUUCUAUAUCAACCUUUUCACGGUAAAAUUGUUUUUUAACAAUAUGUUAAUCAUUGCCAUCAUCAUCACCCUUUUUUUCUCCCUGGACACUUACUCAUAGAAGCCUGUAAAAGUCUAUGGUCUGCCCGGAAAUAACUCACUUCGCAUAUCGAACGCACUCUUUAAUCUAUGAUUACCCCUAGUUUAUUUUCUUAUAGGUAUAAAAACUUUUGAGAUAUUGGCAUAUAUUUAAAACCUCAUUUUUACGAAAAAUGAAACAUAACUUCGAAAUCCCACGACAGAUUUUUCCCUAACUUCAGCAAAUAAGCCUCACAGCUCUCUAGUUUUGUGUCUGCAAGUUUGAAGGCAAUCGUGACCGUAGAAAUCGCUCCACAAAAUGUUGGUCAAAUUUAAUGCUAAAAUGAUAGGCUAACACACUUGUGAACGUAAACGCCCAAAUAGCGGAAGAGAGCUGACAAACUAUCUCUUAACUGAAACGUUGUUCUUACCCAAAGCAUUGUUGGAAGAAAAUGAGUAAUCGGACAACUACGGCGAACACAGUUAGCGCUUUAAUACAACCAACUUUCUGCUACAUGCGCAUUGAAAUUAAAAAUAUUCUAUUUAUCCAACUUACUCUGCAUUUGCCCGUUCAUUUUCGACAAAAACAUUAAGAAAACAAAACACAGCAUCUGCAGAAACCGCUUGGCAGUUUUUAGCUUCAAAGGUUCUCGUUUUGAGGCUGCUAGUUCGAGAACACCUCGUCAUCCAAUUUUCAACUGCAAUGAAAACCCUCUCGCGCGAUAAUAUAUUCAAGAUCUCUGACUUUCCUAUCAUUAACUGUCACAAAAUGACCCACAAAUGGUGUAAUCAUUUGCCGUUAUGUCUCAAGACUUCUAAAUAUUAACUUUUAUUGACCUUUAUGUCCUACUGUGUUUUGUUUUGGGUACUGUAUCGAAAGGAAAGCGCCACUAAACGGUACCGUAAUACCGUGAACAAUCUUAUUUCACCGAAUAUCGUCAGCCAAAAUGAUGAAAAACCGCAUACCGUAGAGCUAGAUGAUACCGCAAUAACGCACGUUAAAAUUAAAACUAGGGUAUCUAAAAGAUAGUAAUGCUGCGGCACAUUCUGUUGAUAUUGGCAUUAGUUAGGCAGUGAGACUUAAAAGAAUCAAAAAUGACAUUGAAUGUCCUAUUUACAUGUUGGAAAAUACUAGAAUAAUUACUAUCAGUCUAUAGAAAGAACUCAUGGGAACGUUGUUGAGAAAAUGAUCAAGUGGUUAUCAACUCUGGUUUUCCCACAGUAAAUUGUAGGAAAUAAUAGAAAUUCAGAUCGUUUAUCCAUAUAUUUAAUAUACGGCGCACGAUAUUUUCUCUGGAAACACAAUACUUUUCUUGCUGUUUGUUGCACUUUAUUAAGUAACAGUUAUUUAGCUAUAUAUUUAUAGAAAACAACAACACAAAAAACGGAAAAAAAAAAGAGAAAAGGAAUAAAUAAGUCAGUAGGAUUCGAACCCGGCACCUCCGACUCGACGCGACUACACCCAACCACAACACCACAGAGACUGAAUACGUAGUCUGUAGGAAAAGUCUUUUAUUCCUUUUCCAUGAAACUUCCGCCGGCAAGAUGAUCGCCAGCCGCAUUAACCGAGCUAUUGACAGUGAAAAAACAAUGUAAACGCAUAUUCCAUGGCAAUAAAUGAAUGAAAAAACAUAAUUAUACUUUUCAAAACGCCGAUACACGUCCUCGUCUGCAAAAUAGGACACAAAACACAUGUUUUGUUAUCUCGAUUUCCGCUGUUAUUUUGAAGCGAAUGGUCAAAAUCACAUCCAUUUUCGGCUCAUACAGUUUCUUAAGAAUAGCAUUGCAUGACAUUUUCUCACUUUCACAUCACCUUCUAGCAAGCUGGAAUUUGUAUAUCCCCCGUGUUGCGGAGUCGAAGAGCAAAUGCUCAUCUUCUCGUCAGGUUUAACACCUGGACGAGUCAAAAAGGCUCUUGAAUUGAAAUCCAAUCCCCAAGUUAACCAUCGUACUCAUCUGAAAGACUCCUGCGUGUCUUAAAAUUUGGUAAGACCUCUAACCGUGCUGUAGAAGUUUGCCACAAAGAAAACUCUAAGUCUGAGCAGCGAACGAUGCACUCUCUCACCCACCGAACUUCCCAGUGUUUUUAUUUGAGUUGUUCGUGGCGCAAUGCACUCUGGUUAAAUGCAAUGCAUUGUGGUAAAAAGUGAUGAAUUCGAGAAUUCGUCGCCCCUUAUAUAUUUCCUUUAAAUCCUGAUUAUGUUGCUGCUCGCUCCAUUCGGUCGCUCCGCAGCAAUUACCGAAAUACCGCGUGAAAAAAAGCCCAAUACCGCAAUACCGUAAACCCCCAUGUCCCCCUCCCUCAGAUCAUUUCUAUAUAAUUUUAGCCUCGAUAACUCGAACCAUGUUUUGAGCGCUUAAAAAGUGGGGGAUAAAAAGCAGUGUACUGGCGCUCGAAACUCAAAUUUCAGUGAAUUUCCCAUAUUAUUUGUCGCAGUGUUGUAGGCUCAUGUUGUUUGUCACAAAACGUGAAACAGCUUUUCUUCUCAAAAAAGUAAAACAUAUGCUUUAUUUAGGCUAUAUGUUUUGUUACCUUAAGUUCUUAUUUUUUUACAAUCAAGAAGUAUCUUUCAAUUUUCAUUUCACAUUUCUACAAUUAAAUGUGAUAAAAAUGUUCAUUGUAAAGUAAAAUCCGGUUUUUCCCUUACUUCUGGCUAUUUGCUUCGAGCUUCCGAUAAAUCAAACUUGUUUUGAUUUCCCUUGAAGGUUCGAGUUAUCGAGAGUCGACUGUAGGUAGCCCAACAUGAGGUCAAUCUCAAGAUAUCUUUCCAUCCGUAAUGUAUUUUUUUAAUUGUUUAGAAAACCAGCGUGGAAACACAUCAUGACAAGAAACCUAAAAAGAGUCCAGAUCAUGGAAAUCAUCAUGAUGUCAUGGUGUGAACUUGGUCAUUUGCCGCCACUAGGAUGGUAUGCAGGCGACAAUUUUCAAAGCAAAGCGGAAUCAUUUAACUUCAAAACAGCA